GGAGAUGAUCGUCAUGGAAAAGAGGAAUUUGCUGUUAUCGGAGAUGCAAAUCAUGCAAACUGGUGGGGAGGAGUUAACCCUUAUCUUAUCAGUAGAUAAAUCAGGUACAUCAUUGAUGGAUGUGGUCGUUCCCAAUGGGGUAGAACUUGUAAUUCGUGAGAUAGCGAUGAGUAUUUUCUUUGUCUUCUUUGAUGGUAGAUUAACUGAUGUGUGAGAUUUGGACGGAGAUUAGCGAUGCACAAUGCAGUGUACGGCAAAUGCCGUCAAUCCUAGAUGAUCC